CUCGCGCUCGAGCCGCUCAGAAGCAGCAGAAACGCAAGCGCUGACGGCGGCGGGAGUGCGCGCGCGGCUUUCACACGCACCGCUCGCUGCUGCACGAGCUCCGUUUAUCUGGUUUUAUCUCUAUUUCUGUCGUUUUCUCUCCUUCCUUCGGUUACUGAUCUAUUGCCUUUCUUUUUUUCUUUUUUCUUUCUUUUUUUUUUUUUGCUUUGCACUUUCAAUUCCUUUUUCUUUUUUUCUUUUUUAAUUAUUAUUAUUAUUAUUAUUAUUAUUAUUAUUAUUAUUAUUAUUAUUUUUCCCGGAGGAUUAAACCGUGUCGCUCGCGCGCAGCGAUGGAGAAAAUGUCGCGGCCCGUCAACUCCGCUUUCCUUCCUCCGACCCACGGAGUCCUUAAAUCCCUGCUGGAGAACCCCAUGAAGCUGCCCUUCCACCACGACGAGGGUUUUGGUAAAGAGAAGGAGAAAGAGAAGAAGCUGGAGGAAGAUGGUGCCGGAGCGAACGCACCUCAAUCUGCGUUUCUCGGCCCGACGCUUUGGGACAAAACGCUGCCGUAUGAUGGAGACAACUUCCAGCUGGAGUACAUGGACCUGGAGGAGUUCCUGUCUGAAAACGGCAUUCCCGCCAACCCACAGAGCGAGCAGAGCCAGAUUACCCAGCAGCCCCUUCAGCAGAGCCCGACCCUGCCCUCACCGCCCUCUGUGGUUGACCUGAGCAACAGGGCCAGCACCUCAGUACACGCCGACAUGGUGACACAGGGCUGCCUCCAGAGCCCCAGCCGAGCAGGCCUGCCGUCGAGCCGUAACACCCCGAGUCCGAUCGACCCCGAGUCCAUCCAGGUGCCGGUGAGUUACGAGCCCGACCCGGCAGACCUGGCUCUGUCCAGCGUUCCGGGUCAGGAGAUGUUCGACCCACGCAAGCGCAAGUUCAGCAUGGAGGAGCUCAAACCUCAGCCCAUGAUCAAAAAAGCACGCAAAGUCUUCAUCCCUGAAGACCUGAAGGAUGAUAAGUACUGGGCGCGGCGUCGGAAGAACAACGUGGCAGCGAAGCGUUCUCGGGACGCGCGACGCCUCAAAGAGAACCAGAUCGCCAUCCGAGCCGGCUUCCUGGAGAAAGAGAACGCGGCGCUCAGGCAGGAAGUGGCCGAGCUGCGCAAGGAACUGGGACGCUGCCGGAACAUUCUGGCCAAAUACGAGGCACGGCACGGCGCCCUGUGAACCCACCCUUGACCUCUGACCCCUCCUCAAGCCCAUCCCCCAUCACCACCACCAAGGACUUCUGUGUGCCACGAUUAGUGCACUCGCCUCCACCCGUCUCUCUCUCUCUCUCUCUCUCUCUCUCGAUGUUUUAGCGGUGUGUGACGGGCAUUAGCGCACAUUAGCGCUUGCUCUCUGUCACAUUUAUUCUUUCUUUUCUUUCCUUUCUGGACUCCUGAUUUUCAUUGGAAAGUGGUGCUGUAUGCUUGCUUCUCUUUCUUUUCUCUCUCUCUCUCUCUCUCUCUCUAUCUGACAUUUCUGUCUGGUCUUGCUUCUUUCGCUUCUCAUCGUGCUAACACACACCAGCGUCUUUUCAUUUUUUAUUUUUUUAUUUUGAAUUUCAUGCCUCAUCCACUCAGAGAGCAAUAACUCCAACACACUUUUCAGGAAAAGAACCAAGAAAGUAGUGCUAGCCGACUCGUUCUUUCUCUCUCUAUCAUCUGGUUCAUCGCAUAUUGUGUGUGUGUGUGUGUGUGUGUGUGAAAUAGAUUUAUAAACCAUGCAUUCACACUAACUAGCAACAGAGCUAAUUUCCUGUGGAAGUUUGUGAGUUGCGAUUACGAGGACAAUCAAUAAAGUUACGAUUUUAAUCAUUUAAUAAAUAUUAGCUACGUAAUUUCACUUCCUGUCUGUGUCCGGUUGCUAUGACGCUUAUUUUAAUGCUGAGUGUGUUGAGCUAUUUAUUACAAAUGGCUUAGCUAAUCAUUAGCAAGACUAGCUUAUUGCUUAUUGUUUACUUCCAUACAAAUUAAACUCUUACAGCUAAAAAUCAUAAAAAUCUCGCAGCUGCUCCAUUGCUAGCCAGCUGGCUAUACAGUAUAUAGUGCUGUUAGCUAGCUAGCUAUUUAUAUUUUCAUAACAAAAUAUUGUUUUCAUCAUAUUUAGCUAGUUACUUAGCUAAUCUUUAACUCCACAUCCAAUGAAAACCCCUCGUCGUUCAUUUUCUCAAGUAUUUUAGCUGUUUAUUUUAGCUAACAACAUUGCGGUUAUGCUAGCUUUGGUAAACACUUCUAUAAGAUAUUAUAAACGUUAUAAUCAGUGUUUCCAGAGCAGAUCAAACCGAUGCAAACCGAGCUAGCUUUACUGUUGCUAAAUAAAAGCAGCGGCAUCUACGCUUCACGUUUACGCAGACGCCUCCCCUCAGAGCGCACGGCUAAUUUGCUAAUGAAUGCACAUGUGAACUCAUGCUAACACACUUCUCUUCCUCUCUGUCUGUCUCUCUCUGUGUCUCUGCUAACAACCUGCACUAAAGCGUCUUUCACAAUCCGAUCUGGGUGCGAGUCUACCUUCUAUAACAGAAAUCCGAUCUAUUUAUGGACUGUUUUGGUUUUUAUUUUGAAUCUGAGAACUACUUCGCAGCUAUUAAUUAUUACUCUUAUUAUAUUCCUGUUAUCUUUCUUGUAAUUAUCCUGAUCUGCUUUUAUUUUCGAUGCAUGAACAUGAAGCUACCGUAUUCUCUGGACUAUAAAACGCCAUUUUUAGCAGCGUAUUCAUUAUGGUGUCUGAUCGGCAGGUGAGCCGCCAUGAACUAGCUAAACUAGUGCUUUAAGCUAGCUUGCUGUUCGGUAUCGCAAGACGAUGAAAAAGUACGCUAACACUAGACUGAAAUGAAUUGAUUUUUUUUUUCUCAUUAAUAGAAUUGUGUAACUGUUCCAUUUUUAUGUUGAAUAAGCUAGCUCUCUAGCUAGCUAGCAUAACAAAGAUGGACUGCUAUCCAAACAACUCUCACAAAAAUUACUAGCUAUCAAGGCAGAAGUUAGCGUAUAAAUACAAACAUAGAUACAGUAUAUGCUAAUACAAUGCAGACUUUGGAGCGACUUGUAGUCUGGAAAAUACAGUAAUUUUAUUUCUUCUUCCCGCACAAACCAGUUUAUACUUUUAUUUAAUACUCUGAGCUUUCUGUAGGGUGUUUUUGUUUUCUGUACAGACGUGUAUAGUCUUCUGUCGUAGCUUUACCUCGGCCCUCUCGAUAUCUUUCUCAGAUGGCUGUGCUGAAUGUACUGAAUGUAUGCUGUGUUUUUCUGUUUAUUUCCUUGUUUUGUUUUUUCUUCCUGUUAAAGAGAUGGCUGGAUGAUGUUGUCUGUGAUUAGCAUGGCUAACGCAAUCAGUUUGUUUACUACAGACCAAAACGUGUGGCACACACACACACACACACACACACACACGCGCACUAAUAACAGAGCUAUAUUGGUUAAAACAGAGAUGUUAAUGUUUAUACUGAAUAUUCUAGAGUUCUAUGUUUGUCUUUUUGUACAGUAUUUUUCUUAUACCGGAUAAAAGGCACAACAGGUUCAGAGUAGUACUUAACCUAGAGCUUAAACAGAUCUAUUUACACAAGUUAUAUAUAUAUAUAUAUAUAUAUAUAUAUAUAUAUAUAUAUAUUCUAUAAAAUCUAUAUAUCUAUUACUCAGAGUUAAGCUAGCGUUUUGUGAGCGAAUCAGGGGUCGUUAUUAAACUUCUCAAAGCGCAAAGUCAGAUUUUGCCUUUUUUUGUAAAAUUGUAAAGUGUGAAAAAAAAAAACGUGAUAUAUAAAUAAAAGAAAUAAUUAAUUAUUA